AUUGCAUUUCCCAAAAACACAAACACGAGAACGGACAGAGACGACAGAGACAACAGAGACAGAGGUUUUGUGACGAUGAAGCGGCAGAGCAGAGUGUUUGCGGUGAUGUUUGUGGUGGUGAUGGCAUCGUGUGGGUGGAUGAAGGUGGCGGAAGGCGAUGAUUUGUCGACCAAGUGCGCGUCGGCGAUUGACAAGGUUCCUCCGUGUUUGACUUUCGCGACGGGGAAGGAAGAUAAACCGAGCGACGGUUGCUGCUCCGCAACUUCAAGCAUAAAGCAGAGCAACCCAGAAUGUUUGUGUUACAUCAUUGAAAUGACUCACAAGGGCAGCCCACAGGUCAAAGAGUUGGGUAUUAAAGAAGACAGGUUGCUUCAACUCCCUUCCGCUUGCAACAUCAAGAACGCCAGCAUCACCGACUGUCCCAAGCUUCUGGGUCUAUCACCAAGUUCCCCUGAUGCUGCAAUCUUCACGAACUCUUCGAAGGUAACGCCUGCAACAUCAAACACAGCAAGUACGACCCCACAAAGCCAAAACGCUUCGCAUGGAAGUAUGGUUAUACCUAGUAUGCCGAUGAUGAUGAGUUUGACCGUUGUUGUGGCUGCAAUUUCACCUGUUUUUGUGAGCAUUUAUACAUGAUGGUGGGAGGUUGAACGCUGUGAUGAAUGAAGGGAGUUUAGUCAGUGAAAGUUGUCGUUUUGUUUGCUGUUUUGGUUUUCUUUAGGACUUUCAAUUAAUGAAUUGGUUUGCCGUUUGCAUGUGUGGCUUGCCAUGGCUUCUCUCUCUCUGGGACCCCAUGUAAUGCUCGUCCUUCUUUUCUGCUUCCCACAGUUAAUAUUAUUGAAUUCUUGGUCGCA